GCGCAUUGCGCAAUUAUCAGACCUGUCCAAUGUCAAAAAUAAAAAGAAUCAGCUAGUGAUUAAUGUGAUUGCAACCCCACUCUUGUUUUCGUAAGAUGUAAACAAUACGAAUUUAUUUUUAGAACAGUUUAAUUACUGGAUAAAUGAAUGUGAUGAUAAAGACGAUGCAUUAUGAGGAGAACAGGGAGACCUUAUCUCCAGAAAGGGAGUGAGGUUAUGUAGCCGAUAACAAAUUGCAUUGAAUGUUUGUGGAAUUGAAAAUUGCAUUUAAAUCCUGAAUGAAACAUAAAAGAUUAGAAAUCCUCGAAAAUGUAAAGCAUAACAUGUCCUUGGAUUUAUUCCGUAUGCCGUUUCCAAAUAAAGCCUUGCACUGUUAUGUUCUUAUGAGCAUAUGGAUUUUAUUACUAGUUGCUGGAAUUUAUAAGUUCCUAGAGACAAAACAAAGUUCUCCUGAACCUAUAUUAGCUAAUGAAUUAUUUCAUAACUUAGCCAUAGACGUAAAGACCAAGCGCAUCUUUAAAAUAUGCAAUUUUCCUGAUGACAUUACUGCUGGAGAUGAAGGCAUCAUUCGUUCUAACAAAUGGACGUUAAAAGGUCUUAUAAUACUAUUGAGACAUGGAGACAGAGGUCCUCUUCAGUACGUCAGAAACAUUUCUGCUGUCAACUGUGGAGGAUCGCCAUCAGAAAAUCUCAACUCAUAUAAGAAAUAUCUGCAGAAUCUUACCUCGUUCGAGAAGAUAUCUUGGAGCACACCAGGUUCCUUCCAUGGUUUCCCUCUUCUACCUAUCCAUCCUUCCCAGUGUCAACUGGGCCAGUUAACAAUGCAAGGGGUUCACCAACACCUCAACCUGGGAGGAAUUAUCAGAAAGAGCUAUUUGGACGUGUGGCCUAAACUGAAGAAUCUCAGCCAUAACGAUAUCAUGGUUUACAGCACCAGAUACAGAAGGACCUUCCAGUCGGCUCUAGCCUUUUUGAAGAACUUUUUACCGCAUGAAACCUUGACCAAAAUUCCUAUUUCAGAAAGUCAGAGCAUGAAUUUUUGUUUUAAGGACUGUGGUUGUCCUGCAACAGAAAAACUGACAAAAGUUGUUAUGAAAUGGUUGAAUCACCAAUUGAAAUCGCAUCCAGCAGUAGCCAUUCUUUCUGAAUCCACAGGAAGAUCUUUGUUUUCCCCAGGAGCUGAGCAAGGUAGAUUGGGUUCUGAUCCACAGUCAGUCAGAGAUGCUUUACUCACCUACAUAUGCCAUGGUAGCAGUCUACCUUGUGAAACACCAUUCAAUUGUAUCAAAAGGCAAAAUGUUGCCGGUAUAUUCGCUUAUACUGAUUGGUUGAACCAUCAAAAAUGGAAAGAUCCAUAUUGGCGAAGAUUGUGCCUUCUCAGAUCUUAUGGACUUAUUAGGCAUAUCGUCCAGCAGAUGCUCCAUAUAGUAUCCAGCAGUGGACCAUUCUUUGUUCUGUACUCUGGACACGACCACACAAUUGAACAACUGACAACCACGAUGGGUAUUCAGAAUGACCCAUUACUUUUAAGGUUUGCGGCAAGAAUAGUUUUUGAAGUUUAUCAAGAAAAUAGAGAUACACCAAAUAAUGAAGCAACUGGAGUAUAUUUUAGGGUAUUGUCCAACGGCAAGGAUGUGACCAGACAAAUAAUGUUUUGUAAAAAUGUUUUAGCAUUGGAAAACAAAGUAGUUUUGUGUAGAAUUGAAGAUAUAGUUAGGUUUCUACAUGAUGAUUAUUUCAGUAGUUUGAAUGUGUCCAAUUUUAAAGACGCUUGCUGAAAAUACUUCUGUUAUUUUUAUAUGAAUUAAUUGUUGGAGUUUUUUCGUCAGACAUUAUUUCCAUCAGAAAAAUAGAAAAGUGUUACUUAGUAACCGUUUAUUAAUAACAUCAACAAAAUAAUAAAUAUAUAAAAUACAGAUCAUCAAAAAAAUAAUAUUAUAUAAUAUAUAGUAAGAAUUUUAUAAAUAUUCAACUCGAGCAUAUCUUCUACUCAUUUUGUAUUUUAUCUCAUCUUUUUUGUGUUCACGGUUGCAUAUACUUCCUAAAAACGAUCAUUUUUAUAAAUCAACAAUGUUAUAAUAAAACAUUCAAUCCAUC